AUGAGAACUUCUGAUAAAAUUUUUUAUGCUAUCGCCGGAAUUGCCACUAUAGUAGUUACCUCAAUAUUUGCUGUAAAGCUCUCAAAGUAUCGUGAGUUGCUUAAUUUAAAAGAAACCACAAUAGAAGACUUCAAGAAGCGCUCAUCAAAAUCCAAAAAUGAUCUUGUCUGUAUAUCAGGGAUUGUUAGGCAAAAAAAUUCUUUUAAAGUAAUCUCAAAUUAGUCAAAAUUCGAUCAAACCUAUGGAGAUAUUGUUUAUUCAAGAAUUGUUGAAAAAGGCUUGAAAAAAAAAUCUAUAAUAACAGGAGGCUUGUUUACAUUAUUAGAUAAAAAAUCCCAAAUUGACGUCAAGGCUGGGUCAUAUACCAAAAUUUAUAUAAAUCCGAUAUAUACUAAAACUGAGCCUUUUUUAUCACUUCUAACCUCUUGAAUGUCUACUUCAGAUUAUUUUAAAACAACAACAGAAAAAGUAAUAGCUUGCGACUCAGCGAUUGUAGUUAUAGGAAAAGCUUCCCAAAAUAUAAUUACUGCUGAUUAUAUAGGACAUACGAAGGGAAUUAUAUUAAAAAGAAUCCUUAAAAAGCUGAGGUUUAUUACUUUGGUGACGCUAGUUUUAUGAUCUGCGUGGUUAUCCGAUGCAUGAAGGAUUACUAGAGAAAAAUGAACAGAAUGAAAAAGGAAAAGAUAUAAUAAAAAAUUCGGGGAAAUUCCGGAUAGGUAUAAGUGCAUAAUUUGCUUUGAAAACAAUAGAGACACUAUUAUUGAGCCAUGUAAACAUAUGUGCUUAUGUUCAGGCUGCAAUAUAAACUUAGCUAAUUGUCCAGUGUGUAGGGUUUUGAUAAGAGGUGUUACAAGGAUUUAUCCUAUUGAUGAAUAG